AUGCCAACGUGCCGAGAGCAGCUCGCGAAAGUCACAAAGAUCGUUGCCGACACAGGCGAUCUGGACAGCAUCCGCAGCCUGCAGCCUGAGGACGCGACGACGAACCCUUCGCUCAUCUUGGCAGCGGUAAGCGACCCCAAGUACAGCGCGCUGGUGGAGGCAGCGAUCAAGAGCGCUAAGGGAGCUACUGUGGAGGAGAAGGUUUCGGAUGCUACAGACAGGUUGGCUGUUGCCUUCGGCACGGAGAUCACCAAGAUUGUUCCGGGCUACGUGAGCACGGAGGUGGACGCUCGUCUCUCCUUCGACGUCCAGGGGACCAUUGCCAAAGCCCACAAGACUAUCGCUCUUUACGCCGAGAAGGGGGUGCCCAAGGAGAGGAUUCUGAUCAAAAUCGCAUCGACGUGGGAGGGGAUUCAGGCGGCUCAGAUCUUGGAGCAGCAGGGAGUCAAGUGCAACAUGACGCUCCUCUUCAACUUCUAUCAGGCCGUUGCGUGUGCACAGGCCAAGGCAACUUUGAUCUCUCCGUUUGUGGGUCGCAUCCUCGAUUGGUACAAGGCCAAUGAGAAGAAGGAAUAUUCGCACGAUGAAGAUCCCGGGGUCCUGUCGGUCAAGAAGAUUUUCAACUAUUACAAGAAGUUCGGGCAUGAGACUAUAGUCAUGGGAGCUUCCUUCCGCAGCGUGGGAGAGGUCCUAGCGCUAACAGGAUGUGAUAGAUUAACGAUCAGCCCUGCGCUGCUUCAAGAGAUGGACAAGAUGAACGAUGAGGUCCCUGUGAAGCUGCAGAGCUCUACGGCAACAAGUAUGGACAUGCAGCAAGUGUUUGUCGAUGAGAAGAAAUUCCGCUGGGAGAUGAACCAGGAUGCGAUGGCUACCGAGAAGCUUGCGGAGGGAGUGAGGAAGUUUGCAGCAGACAUCAACAAGCUGGAGGCGAUCAUUCGUGAGAAAAUGGGCAAGUGA